AUGUUGAGGAUGCAGACCUUGAUUCUCCUGCUUCUCUGCACUGGGAGCUUGGAUGCCUGGUUUUGGGUAUCCGUCACAGAGCCCCCAAAGGUGGUAACAACAGCGGAGACGACGCCAGCUGGGACGUCAAGUGCCACCACGACAGCCAAUGGCACAACAACGAAGAAGGAUGAGGAGGAGGAGGAUGACAACUUAUCUGGGGUUGGUGAGGAAAUCAUCAACGUGGCCACAGGAAUCCGUAAGUUUGUCGAGGCGUGGGAUGUGACCCCGACUGCCAGGACUACUACUACUAACGGAGGCCUGACACAGAAGGUGGAGAGCGCUAACCCUAACAUGACGGAGGAGAGCGGUAUCUCUUUGCUGCAGCUUAUCGGAGACCCUCCACCGGAUGAGAUCACCAGAGUCUACGGUCCGAGGGGGGAGCCCGCCUAUAUCUUCAAACCUGAGGCGGUGUCGGGCCAGCCGGCUGUGGCCCACGUCCCCAACCCUUUCCACCGCCACUUCUCCCUCCUCUUCCACAUCAAGCCCUCGACUCCCGCCGCCUCCGUCCUCUUCUCCAUCACCGACGGCCACCAGAAGCUCAUGUACAUCGGCGUCAAGCUCAGCGCGGUGCGGUCCGGCCGCCAGAAGGUGCAGUUCUUCUACACCGAGCCCGACUCCGAGGCUUCGUACGAGGCGGCCAGCUUCGACGUGCCCAGCCUGGUGGACACCUGGAGCCGCUUCUCGCUGGCUGUGUUCGAGGAGCAGGUGACCUUCUACCACGGCUGCGACUCUGAGCCGCAGGUGGUGAAGUUUGAACGCUCGCCGGAUCCCAUGGAGCUCGACGCUGGGGCGGGGAUCUUUGUGGGACAGGCAGGAGGAGCUGAUGCUGACAAGUUCCAGGGUGAGAUCGCGGAUCUGAAAGUGGUGGGAAACCCUCGGGCAGCGGAGCGUUUGUGUGAUGACGAAGACGACUCUGAUGCUGCGUCCGGUGACUUUGGCAGCGGUGAAGGCGACAGAAGACAAACGGGACACACUGUGAGGACCACGCCUGCUUCCCUCAGGCCCGUCCCUGAGCCGCCUCUGAUCUCCUCACAUGGAAACAGACUCAAAGACUCAGGCUCUGCUGGUGCUAAAGGAGACAAAGGUGACCGAGGAGCGAAGGGCUCAACGGGGGACACGGGCCCCGCAGGGCCGAAGGGAGACUCAGGCUCUGGCUCCUUUGGUUCCUCUUCUCAGGGUGGAGAACGAGGACAGAAGGGAGAAAAAGGUGUUAAGGGCAGUUCCGGCUUCGGCUACCCGGGAAAUAAAGGAGACCGUGGGGCUCAGGGGCCUGCCGGGCCUCCCGGUCCUCCCGGACCUGCAGCUGAGGUGGUCCGACUUGGGGAUGGCUCUGUGGUCCAGCAGGUGUCAGGACCCCACGGAUCGCCGGGACCACCAGGGGCAGAUGGAGCUCCAGGACCUGCAGGAGCUGAUGGAGAGCCUGGUGAUCCAGGAGAGGAUGGAAAAGCUGGUCCCGCCGGGCCAGCAGGUCCGCCAGGAAGUCCAGGAUUAUCUGGUUUAAAAGGCGAAAAGGGUGACCGUGGAGAGGGACAACCAGGACCCAGAGGACCCCCGGGCCUACCAGGACCUCCUGGACCCGGCACCGGUGACCACCCUACGUUUGUUGACAUGGAGGGCUCAGGAUACGCUGACUUGGACAAAAUCCGGGGUGUCCGUGGUCCUCCGGGCCCCCCAGGGCCCCCCGGCCCUCCAGGGACCUCAGUGGCUCUGGGAGCCAACGGUCCAGUAGCAUUCGGACCUCCUGGACCACCUGGACAGGAUGGAGUGCCCGGUCUACCCGGCCCUCCUGGUCCUCCUGGUAGACCCGGUUCACCAGGAGUUGGAGCGAAGGGUGACUCUGGUGAACUCGGUCUUCCAGGACCAUCUGGAGAAAAGCAAAACUCGCAAGACUCGGACUUUUUCACGGGCCUGUUUUCUUACUUUGCUCCAACCUCUACGGGUGCUCAUGGUGACACUGGAGUGGCAGGUACACCAGGGCAGACUGGGCUAGCCGGGCUCCCAGGUCCAAUGGGACCAGUUGGACCUCCAGGGCCUCCUGGGCCACCAGGGCCGCCGCACCGCUUCGGCCAUGUUAGCCACGAUGGAUUUGAGUCAAACAACGGCUCACCUGGACUUGCUGGCCCACCUGGACCUCAGGGUCCACCUGGUGUUGCAGGUCUGCCUGGUCAUUCAGGUUUGCCAGGUAGCCAUGGAGACAAAGGAUCAGAGGGACCAAGAGGACCUCCUGGGAUACCGGGUCUCGACGGGUUCCCAGGAAAGCCGGGUGAAAAGGGAGAUAGAGGACUGAAAGGAGACAUGGGUCUGCCAGGGAGAGACGGCGGGCAACCUGGCCCUCCAGGGCCUCCCGGACCUCCAGGACCAGCCAUCCAGUCGAGCGACUAUAAUGACGUAUAUUGGAACGGAGAGUGGCAGGGAGGAACUGGUACUCAAGGUCGAGCAGGAUUACCAGGGCCCUCUGGACCAAAAGGAGAAAAAGGAAGUUCAGGUCCUCCAGGAUAUGCACCUAAAGGGCAGAAAGGAGAGCCUGGUAUCAUCAUGGGGCCUGACGGGAGACCUCAGUACCUCAGUGGUCUGGCAGGAAAGCCGGGGGACAGUGGACCUCCUGGCCCUGAGGGACCUUCAGGUCCAACUGGUCCUGGCGGCCAGAAAGGAGAGAUUGGGUUCCCAGGAAGACCAGGGCGCCCGGGGCUGAACGGAGCCAGAGGAGAGAAGGGAGAUUCUGGCACUGGACUUGGAUCUGGUUACCCUGGUCCUCCUGGUCCACCGGGCCCACCUGGACCUCCCGGACCUUCUCUCUCCAGCGACAGAUCCAGAGGAUAUGACGACUACUCCAGAUAUUACCCAGCUGUUAAAGGAGAUAAAGGUGAUCGAGGACCAGCAGGGACACUUGACAUUCCAGGUGCCGGGUCAAAUUAUGACAUUUACACUCUAAGGAAUGAGUUGAAAGGUGAACCAGGCUACAAAGGAGAGAAAGGAGAACCAGGCGGAGGAUAUUAUGACCCCCGUUAUGGAGCAGGCGCAGGCGGAGUCCAAGGACCACCUGGACCUCCUGGCCCAAGAGGCGACUCCAUCAUUGGCCCUUCAGGCCCCCCGGGACCACCUGGUAACCCGGGAAUAGGCUACAAUGGGCCACCUGGACCACCAGGGCCACCUGGACCUCCUGGAGGAGGUACAUCUGGAUCUCACAGAGGCACACAGACUAUUAAUAUUCCUGGACCACCAGGACCACCUGGAGCACCUGGAAUACCUGGACACUCCUCAGGGGUGACAGUGUUGAGGUCUUACGACACCAUGACGGCCACGGCCAGAAGACAACCUGAGGGCACCCUGGUUUACAUCAUAGACCAAACAGAUCUCUACCUACGGGUCCGAGAUGGAGUCCGUCAAGUUCAGCUCGGGGGCUUCAUUGCUCUGCCCAUUGAGGAUGGGAAUGAGGUUGCAGCCGUGGAGCCGCCACCAGUCGUCCCGUACUCCCACGACCACCACCACAACACCGACAACUACGCACGCGACUCCCACAGACAACCUGAGAGUCCGGUCCACCCGGGGUCAGACCACCACCGGGAGACCCACCCAGACCACCAUCAUCCUGCACACCCAGAACCACAUCACCCUGCACACCCAGACCCGCAUCACCCAACACAACCUGACCCUCGAUACCCUGACCCCAGACAAUCUGAUCCCCGAUACCAACCGGACCCACGAUACCAGCCGGAUCCUCGGUUCCCAGCACCCACAGACCCCAGGUACCCAAGUUACACAGACCGGCUUAACCAACCAGACGGUAGGUUCGGUUUUGGCCAUACGGCCCAUGAACGCCCCACGUACCCGGACGGUCGCUACCCAGUCACCCCUCAGAGAAGACCACCUCCUCCUGUGCCCCAGAGUCCAGUCCACCAUCAUACCUCAGGUCCAGGGCUCCACCUCGUCGCCCUGAACAGCCCACAGACCGGAGCCAUGCGGGGCAUCCGCGGCGCAGACUUCCUGUGCUUCACUCAGGCUCAGGCCAUCGGGAUGAAGGGAACCUUCCGGGCCUUCCUGUCUGCCAGACUCCAGGACCUGCACAGCAUCGUCCGCAAGGCUGACAGGGACCGCAUGCCCAUCGUCAACCUGAAGGACGAGGUUCUGUUUGACAACUGGGACGCCAUCUUCAACGACGGCAGAAUGAAGGACAACGUGCCGAUUUACUCCUUCGACGGCAAAGACGUUCUCAGUGACAGCACAUGGCAGGAGAAGAUGAUGUGGCACGGGUCGACCGGCGCCGGGCAGGGCCACGUGGACGGCUUCUGCGAGGCGUGGCGUGUGGGCAACCACGCGCUCACCGGCAUGGCGUCGUCGCUGCAGAGCGGCAGCCUGCUCCAGCAGAGCUCCAGCAGCUGCUCCAGCUCCUACGUGGUGCUGUGUGUCGAGAACAGCUACGCCAGCCACGCCAAGAGAUAGAGACACACACACACACACACACUCACACACUUUUUUAUCCAUUGUAAAUAAGUGUUUUCCUCUGAAUAAUGAGUUUAUGUCUGUUAGCCCCUCGUAUAUGGUGCUAUAAGGGUGAUCCCACAUGUUGAACCUAAGUUAAGCUCAGGUGACGUACAGUCAUGGAAUAAUGCAUUGAUAAUGAUUUUGGUUAUUAUCAAGAAAACCAUGAAAAAUGUCUAGAUAUCAGCUCUUAAAUUAAACUCUUAUGAGCUAUUUUUGUUGUUAUCAUUAUAUUUGUCCAAACAAACUUACCUUUAAUUGUACCAGGCAUUAAAAUGAACAAGAAAUUGAAGAGAAAGGAUGAUCUAAUAACUUUUUCCAUGACUGUACACUAACACACCCUCCGGCAGCCAUAUUGGAAAAUCCUACUUUUAAAGGUGUGUUUCCAAAAGUGACAGCUGUAAACGGUUCAUUUAUUCACUGUUUGUGACUCGUCAGCUAGCAGCCGCUAUGAUGUUGAUAAGUUAGCAUUCUUGGUGCUAACGAGUAUAAUUGGAAUACACAAAAGUCACACACAUAAUUCUAUAAAAAGACAUUUGCUGUUAUAUUCUUGUUUCUCAGUCGUGCAACAGUGAUCGCACCAUGGCAAGGGGAAAAUAUUAAGAAUAAUAAUAUUUCCAGUAUGAUAAGUCACACAACAGCAAACCGUCGGGAGGGAUAAACCACUGUGAUCAUACAUAGAAAUUAUAUUUUUCAGUACCACAGAGAACUGAGGAACUCUGUGUUUCCUCUUCCUGUCUGCGUUUAACCAAAAGACCGCCAGCAAACCAAAUUUACAACACAAAAAAACUGUGUUAAUAAUGAUUUUAAUUGAGGUUUCCUGUGGUAUAAAUACCACAUAUACUCUGGAGUGAAAAACAGCGUAAUUGAAAUAGAGUAUUGGUGCGGUCAUUAACACAUUUCAGCAGAUAAACCCAAGUCAUUGUAUAUGAAUUGUAUGUCUUUUAACUUCUUUUCCUUCACACUGAUGUUAUCUGUAACCCACAGCACUUGAGUUAUAGCCUUUUCUAAAAUUUUGCGACUGUCUUACAUGGGAAGAUGUUUUCAAAUCGUAUUUUUAGCAGUAACAAAGGGAUAUUUAUUUUUUAUAAACCGUGCAUUUUCUAGUAUAAUGUGUGACGUGAAUGCUUUCACAAAGAAUAACAUUUCCAAUUAUAUCCAGCAAAUGUGCAAACCCGACACGAUGAUGUGUAGCGCUUACUGAAAACAGAUAAGAUGAUAUAAAGUUUGUGCACAUCAUAAGAUAGGAUUCAGCCAUAAAUGUUUGUCUAUGCACUGUUGCUUAUUAUUUGUUUUUACUUCUUAUUCAAGAACAGUGAAUGCACUGCAGCUAGCUUACAGUGGAGACGAUAAAAACACUGGGGUUUAACAUUAAAUAUCAUCAUUUAUUGGUUUUGGUCCAAAGGGGGGAAACUACAGUGACAUUUCCAUGUGCCAUAACAAAUGUUUGUAUUAUUAUCUGUUUUUGUCCUUGUGUGAGCAGCAUUUUAAAAUGCUGCAUAUCAUUGAAUAAACCUGUGUGGAAAAUGUGA